AUGACGGAAUUGAAGUACCGCUACAGCACACUCCCAAGCUACUUCCUACAGGAUGACCCGGCCACCGAUCCAGCCACCUUCGACUAUGUCAAAUCGGACUUCGGCCUAAUCGCCAAGUCCUACGACACAGAAACAGAAACCUCCCAGACCAGCCAAUGGCAACGUUUUAGUGAACACAUCAAGACACUGAAUGACAGCAACCCCCGCCAAAAUUAUAAGGUUCUCUUCCUUGGACGGCACGGCGAGGGCGUCCACAACGUCGCCGAGACCCGCUAUGGUACGAAGGCGUGGGAUGAACACUGGUCUCUGCUAGACGGAGACGAGCACGGAAGCUGGGUUGAUGCCCGCCUUACCGAGAAGGGUAUCUCACAAGCAAAGACUGCCCACGCUGCUUGGGAAGAGCAGAUCAAGAAGGGUGUUCCGGCACCGCAGUCUUAUUAUGUUAGUCCCUUGAACCGGUGUCUGGCUACUGCGCAGAUUACUUUUGCUGGAUUGCCUAUUCCUGGUACUGAGCCUUUUAAGCCGACUGUUAAAGAGCUCCUCCGCGAAACAAUGGGCCUACACACCUGUGACAAGCGCUCAGCAGCAUCAGCCAUCGCAGCCGAGUACCCAGAGUACACCAUCGAACCCGGCUUCACCGAAGCCGAUGAACUAUGGGACGCGAAGACGCGCGAGUCAGACCAGGACCGGGAUGCGCGACUCCGCCGGUUCCUUGACGAUGUCUUUGCUACUGAUGAGAAUGUAUUCGUCUCCAUGACUGCGCAUUCCGGUGCUAUUAGUAGUAUUCUGGAGGUUGUUGGGCAUCGGCGGUUCCCGCUUGCGACUGGGGGUGUUAUUCCUGUCGUUGUUGUUGCUGAGAAAGAGGGGCCGCCACCUGCGCCGGCCACUGCGCGGGAUCCGGAGAUGAUGAGGACUUCUACGGCUGUGCUUAUGGCUUUGCUUGAGCGGGCUGGUGGGGAUGGGAGAUUGUCGAGUUUGAUGAGUGCUGUUUCUGGGGGAAGGGCGACGAAGGAGGAGAUGGAGGAGUUUACGGCGAUUGUUAAUAAACAGGCUUUUCCUAAUUAG